AUGACGGAUUGUUAAAUAAACUAAAAAAAAAAAAAUAAUAAAAACAAUUGUCAUGAAAACUUGCUGUUAAAAAAAAAAAAAAAAGGAAAAUAAAUUUAAAAAAAAUUUAAUGUAAUAAAAUGAUGAAUCAACAAAACGUUACGAUGAAAAUUCAUCAAAUCACAAAUGAUAAUAUAAGUGAAAAUAUAAAAAAUAUAAACUCAUCAUUAAAUUCUAAAAAUGUGCUACUAUUAUUUAGUGAUAAUGACAAAAAUGUCAACUUAACAAGUGAUAAAGUGUGGGAUAAUGUGACUAGAAUAUUUAACAGCAGUGAUGAAUUUAUGAUUAAUUCAAGUGUUGAUAAUUUUAAUAAUAAUAAUAAUAGUUUUAUUGAUGUUAAUAAUAAUAAUGAAUUAAAUAAUUGGUGGGCAAUGUUAGCUGUUGUACUUGUUAUUGGUACUGCUGCUGGUAAUGUUCUCGUUUGUUUAGCAAUAUCAUGGGAAAGAAAAUUACAAAAUGUAACAAACUAUUUUCUCAUGAGUCUUGCUAUAACUGAUUUAAUGGUUGCAAUAUUAGUUAUGCCACUCGGAGUUUUAACACUUGUUCGAGGAUACUUUCCACUUGCAUCGGUGUAUUGUCUUGCUUGGAUAUGUCUUGAUGUGUUAUUUUGCACAGCAAGCAUAAUGCAUUUGUGUACAAUAAGUGUCGACAGAUAUUUGAGUCUUCGUUAUCCAAUGAAAUUUGGUAGAAAUAAAACACGUAGACGAGUCAUACUAAAAAUUAUAUUCGUCUGGUUGUUGAGCAUUGCUAUGAGUCUACCACUGAGUCUCAUGUAUUCCAAGGAGGAUGCAUCAGUUCUAGUUGAUGGAGCAUGUCAAAUACCAAAUCCAUUGUAUAAAUUAAUUGGCAGUAUAAUAUCAUUUUACAUUCCACUUGGUGUUAUGUUACUAACGUAUGCCUUGACUGUACGUUUGUUGGCACAACAACAACAAAGCAUUGGAGGAAUGCAACCAUCAGGUUUUGAUAGAUCAAGUACUUGGCAAAGAUUUUUAUUGAAUAAAGGAAAUAGUGGUAAUAGUGGUACACCAUUACAUGCAUCUGGUGGAUCAACUGAUACUGAACCAACGACAAUUGAUACACAUGAAUUAUGGCUACCAGAAAGUGAUCCUCCACCAUCAGCAAUGUCAGCACUACAUGCAUUUGGUGCUGAAAUGCUUAAAUUAUCAAGGGGUCUUGAGGGUAUGGCUAGUCUUAGUGAGAGUCAAUCACCAUCAACAACAACAACAACAAUUUCUAAACAUCAAACUCAUUUACGCUGCAGUUUUCGUAAUGGAAGUGGAGAAAGUGGAGGAAGCAGUGAGGCAAGUUCACACAUGAGUUUAUCAACAAAUCAAGAUGAAUCAAAUCCAACAACACCAUGGAGACAAAGAAGACGUGCAUCAACAUAUAAUGAAACAUAUUUACAACGUGCAAAUACAAUAUCAUCACCAUCACAAAAAAUUGAUAGAAAACGUUCAUUUAGUUUUCAUGAAACAACAAUAUUAAAUAAUGAUAAAAAAAAAUUAACAAAUGAUAGCGAUAAAAAAAAUAAUUAUUCAUUACCACCACCAUGUACAUGUCCAUAUUUUGGUGAAUCAUCAACAAAGCUAAUUAAAAAUAAUAAAAAAACAGAUAUUGUUAUAUUGACAAGUGAAAAAAUAACAGUCAAUAAUUGUGAUGAAUUAAAUGCUAAGAAAAAUGAUGUUUCAAAUUCAGUUGUAACAUGGAGAGGUACUAGAAGAGGUUCAAGUAUUGGAAGUACAAGAACAUUAUUAGCAACAUCAAGACCAACACCAAUACGUAGAGCAGCAACAAUGAGAGCACAUAAUGGAGCAUCAAAUAUAACAAAUAAAAAUAAUACAACAAUACAAAAUUUAAAUAAAAAUAAUAUACCAAUACGUACACAUCAUUCACGUACAAGUAGUGUUAUAUCACGUAAUAGUUCACGUCACGGACGUAUUAUAAGACUUGAACAAAAAGCAACAAAAGUACUUGGUGUUGUUUUUUUUACAUUUGUUAUAUUAUGGGCACCAUUUUUUGUAUUAAAUUUAAUACCAGCAGUAUGUCCAAAUUGUGAAAAACAUAUUGACAGUAAAAUAUUUGAUUUUGUAACAUGGCUUGGUUAUUCAAGUUCAAUGGUUAAUCCAAUUUUUUAUACAAUAUUUAACAAAGUAUUUAGACAGGCAUUUAAAAAAGUACUACUUUGCCGUUAUAAAAAACCAGCAUGGAAUUCAAAUAGAUAGGUAAUAGCAAGACGACCCGAGGUUGUCGUUACAAAAGUAUAAUUUUUUUUUAAUUUUAUUUUUGUUUAACUCCUCGGGACGUCGUUGAUAAUAAAAUAAACAAUUUGAAAAGUUUUUUUUUUUUUAAAUAGAAUAAAAAGGUUUUCAAUAUCAAUAAAUUUUUAUUAUUUUUUUUUUUUUUAUCAAUUUAUUUAAACAAAUAAUAAUUGAUUAAUUGAGAAAUCAUAUUUUUUUUGUUGCAAAUAUUUACUUUUACUUUGUUUUUUUGUUUCAUUGAUAAAAAAAAUUGAAAGCGAAUGUACAAUCUUUGUAAAUUUUGAAAAUAUCUUUUAAAAAAUAAAACAGUUACUCAUUAAUUAUUAAUAAAUAAAUAAAUAAUUGAUUAAAAAAUUAAAAAAACAAUCAAGUCUGAAAAGACCAUGUCUUAAAAAUAAGCCGAUCAGUGUAAAUAUAAUUAAUAAAAAUAUAUAUAUAUAUAAAAUUCAUUUAAAAAAAAAAUAUAAUCAAUGUUUUUAUCAUAUCAUUGAAAUUAAUUUUCCAAAAAUUGCUUAUACGCUCAAAAGAAUAAUUAAAAUAAUUAAAAAAUAUAUUCGUCUAAAAAUUAAAUAAUAAAUGUAAAUAUAAAUAUAAGUUGUAGAAAUAAUUUUUAAAUAAAAAAUAUACUAAACGAAUUUACUGUCAUGAAUCAAAGAGGAAAAGAAUAAAAAAAAAAAAAUUGUGCUGUGCUAUUUGAUUAAAUAUAAAUGAAAGAAAAAGAAGAAUAAAGUUUCGAAAAUUUUAGAUAUUAAGAGGCUGUUAAAAUUUUGAAAUCUCGGCAUUGAUUAAAAUUUAAAAAUAAUAAAAAAAGACGUUGUACUUAUAAUGAUGUAGAUUCAUAGGAAGUCAUGCAGAAAUGAGUUAAAAAAAUGAUAAUGAAAUUAUGUAUAAAAGACAAUAGGCAAGGUUUCUAUAACCCGAAAAUAAUCAUAUUAUAAAAGAACAAAAAAAUGAGAAAAAUUAUAGUCAAAAGAAAAAAUUGUAAGCCCAUUGUUCCCGCAUCCCAAUGUUUCUAGUUUCAUCAAAAUAAAAUGCACAAAUGUGCUUCCACAUCAAGAAAAAAAAAAGACAAAAAAAAAA